CCCACUGCAUCCCGACACCCCCUCUACGUGAGCAAGUGGGCUCACCCAAAUCCGGGGAUCUGAGAGGAGAAGCUUACAGAUCUGACAAGAUCAAAACUGCAGGACAAUGGACAGUGAGGUACAGAGAGAUGGAAGGAUCUUGGACUUGAUUGAUGAUGCUUGGCGAGAAGACAAGCUGCCUUAUGAGGAUGUUGCAAUACCACUGAAUGAGCUUCCUGAACCUGAACAAGACAACGGGGGCACCACAGAAUCUGUCAAAGAACAAGAAAUGAAGUGGACAGACCUAGCCUUACAGUACCUUCAUGAGAACGUUCCCCCAAUUGGAAACUGACACUUGGCUUCUUUCUUACAAAAAAUACAUAGCUACAAAGUGUUUUCUUUCAGUCUCUUAAUUGAAAUCUUUGAGUAAUAAAUCAACACUCAAAAAUGUACACCUACUUAGUGUGUGGCAGCAAAGUUCAAUGGAAAAAUAUACAGCAGAAUAAGAAACUGAGAUUUCUCAGAAAUACAGAACAUUUGACUCUUUAA